UAUUCAGAGCAUUUUGUGUUUUAAACGAUGGGGCCACGUUCUGCCGCCCCCUCGAGACGCGAUUGGGAGCGACCAAACACAGAGUAACUACACUUUAAGAGCCCCGCGCGAUUUCCCGCCGUCCAGUCCAUCCCGAAGGCGGGUCGUGAGGGCAAGGGCUCUGCGCACGCGCGGCGCAGGCGCACGUGGGGCCGGCGCUGUGGCUAGUGAGUGACUGGAGUCGCGAUCGUGAGGCGGAGGGCCACGCAGACGCCGCAAGGAGGACUUUCAAAAUGCCUGCAGCCCCUCAAGCACCGGCAAGGGGAUCCAUUCGCAAGACAAGACCUCUGGUUGUAAAGACAUCGUUGAACAACCCCUAUGCUCUCUGUUGGAGCACCCUGGAGAGAGAGGACAUACACUUCAUAUUACAGACACUUGAGGAGAAGUUUAAAUCUAUUGGACUUCGGAAAAUUGAGGAUAAGAAAAAAAGGAAAAAAACACCUUUUAUAAAGAAGCACAGGGUAGAAAGAUGCAGCCUAGAUGUUGAUAUAAGUGAUGAUCUGAAAGACAAAAGGCCAGAAGCUAACCAGCAAGUUUCAGGGUGGACACCUGUGCAGGUCAGGAAGCAGCUUGCUAUCGGUGUUAAUGAAGUCACCAGAGCCCUGGAAAGGAGUGAACUGCUCUUAGUUUUAGUGUGUAAGUCAGUCAAGCCUGCCAUCAUCACCUCACACUUGAUUCAGCUAAGUGUAAGCAGAAUCGUUCCUGCAUGUCAGGUUCCCCGCCUCAGUGAGACGCUCGCCCCUGUCAUUGGCUUAAAAUGUGUGCUAGCACUGGGAUUCAAAAAGCACACCACUGACUUUGUGGAUGAAGUAAAAGCUAUCAUUCCCAGAGUUCCCAGUUUAACUGUACCAUGGCUUCAAGACAGAAUUGAAGAUUCUGGAGACAAUUUAGAGACUGAAUCUUUGGGAAGCCAAGACAAAGAGACUUUGGAAACUUCAUUUGAAGACCUCUCAAAGCACAAGAGAAAACUUGAAGGUCAGCAAGUCUCUGUAUCUUUACAGCCUCUUAAAAUAAAGAAAUUGAUUCCUAACCCUAAUAAGAUAAGGAAACCACCCAAAAGUAAAAAAACUACUUCAAAGUAAUCCUGUAUAAACUUUUCAUUUCAUGCAAUUUAUAAAAGGACACCUUGUAAUGAAGCCUUGAAACAAAUAAAGUGAAAAAUAUGUGUGUAUAUUGGGAUCCUGUGUAGUGAUGUUU